AUGGUGAAUUGCAGGUACCGACGGCCGGUUCUCAACCUCGGGCGGCGCGGCUUCGACGGCUUCGACUUCUCCCGCUACAACACCACGGAAUUGGCGGGGCUGGAGAACUCCCACGCACAUGCUUACGUCAACAGCAUCUUGCAGGCGCUGUACUUCGUACCGGAGGUCCGCGAGGCGGCCUUGAGAGAGCAGUACAACCCGUUGCACUACUCGCCCAUGUCCGGGAGGGCCACCUCCGGCCUCUCCUGCGAGCUUGGGUUCCUGUUCCACCAGCUGGCGGGGGCCAAGGACAUGGAAGCCAAGCACCGGAGCUGCCAGGCCACCAACUUCCUCAGAGCCUUCAAGGAAGUCCCCGAGUCAGUUUGCUCAGUCAGAGCCUUCAAGGAAGUCCCCCAGGUCCUGGCGCUGGGGUUGCUGGAAGACCCCCAGAGCAAGCGCGCGAUCGGCCUGCCCAGGAGGGUCGAGGCCCUCCACCGCUUCCUCCUCAGCCAGCUGGACAAGGAGGCGAAGGAACCGGCCCUGCCCCCGGCCCCCUCCCAGCCCACGCCUUCGUCGCAGCCUUCGAAGGCGGGGGGGGCAGCGGCAAGCGGGUCUAAAAAGAAAGAGCCCAAGUCGAAGAAGGCCAAAGCGGCAGCCGCAGCGGCGGCAGCGGCGGCGGCUCUAGAGGCGGCUAAGGCCGAGAAGGAAGCGGCGGCGGCGGCGGCGAAGAAGAGAAAAGCGGAGAAGGACGCGGGGGGCAGCGGCGGCGGCGGCGGCGGGAAGAGGUCGGGUUCGACGGUGGACCGGCUGUACGGGUACGGCACCCGCACGUCGAACGCGUUUCUCCACGACAAGAGGACCACCAUCGACGUCAAGCACACCAGAACUCUCGUGACGGAGAUGAUCCCCGUGGACCACCCGGGACACCCGGCCCCCGCCAAGUACUUCGCCGACGUCCUCGCGAGGAGCCUCUGCAGGGAGACCAGGGCUCGGGCGUGGUGCGAGGAGACGAGCGCGUACGCGCCCAUCAAGCAGAAGAGGUGUCCGGUCUCUCUUCCGGAGGUGAUGCCCAUUCACUGCGCCGCUGCCCUGGAGUCGUCGGAGGCUACGAAGGGGGCAUUCGCGGGCAAGAACAUCAGGGGGGGGACGUGGCUGCCGCAAGAGAUCGAGAUCUCGCUCCUGGAACGGGAAGACGGAGAGCUGUGCGUGGUCGUGGGAGAGUCCGCGGACCCCCCCGCGAGCUGGGUUCAAGCUCUCGAAGCGGAGGACGGCAAGGGUGCCACAACCACCGCCACCACCGCCGCCGCCGCCGCCGCGGCGGGCCCUACAACCCCCGGGGACAAGAAGGACACCUCCACUUCCCCAGGGAAAGCGGCAGCGGGGACGGGGACCCCAUCGAAGCAGCAGCAGCCGUCGCCGCCGCCGAAGGGCAAGCCGGAGCAGCAAGAACAAGACCGGGAAGGCUGGUACUUCGCGUCGCCGUUAACCGGGAAGGCGGGAGAGGCGGCGAUUGCAGCGGCGGCGGCGGCGGCGGCAGCCGCGGGGGGCGGGGCAUCGGCGGUGCCGGCGGCUGCGGCGGGAGCGAGAGCGGAGGAAGGAGACGGCGGGGCACGGGAAGACCGCUGGGUUGUUGACGGGGUGAGGCAGUACCGGUACCGGCUCAUGUCCGUGGUGUCCAGAGUCGUGCCGGUGGUGAAGGGCAAGAAGAAAGAAGCCGGGGCGGCGGCGGCGGAGGGCGGCAGUGGUGGUGGUGCCGCAGCAGCUGCAGCAGCAGCGGCUGGGACGGCGGCGGCGGGAGCUGGGGCGGGCUCGUCGCCGGGCGAGGCAGAUGCGACAAUCGAGGAAGGCCACCUGGUGUUGCACGUCAGGGCGCCCGUCCUUGGAGGCAAACCUUCCUCUACCGACAACACCGCCACGCCAACCAAACCUCCUCCUCCUGCCGCCAAGAAGGACGCCAGGAAGGACGGCGGCGGUGGCGGCGGCGGCGGCGGCAAGGCUAAGGGUAGGCGUGAAGGCGGCGCGGCGGUGGCGUCGCCGGGCGCGACCGGCGGCAAGAACGGCGGCAGCGAUAGCAGCAGCGGGAGCAGCAGCGGGAGCGGGAGUGGGAGCGGGAGCGGGAGCGGGAGCGGGAGCGGUAAGGGCGGCGCCGCCGCCGCUGCCGCCGCCGCCGUCGAUGUGCGGGAUAUGACGGACACGGAGGGAGGAGGCGCGGCAGACGGGAACGCAAGUCCCGGGGGGGGACGUGACGCAGACAGGGGUACCGUACGGGGGGAGGAGGAGGAGGAAGAGGAGUGGCUCAUGUUCAACGACUUUCUGGUGGAGAAGACGGUGCUGGACGACGCCCGAGGCUUCGGCCCGGAGUGGAAGGAGCCCUGCGUGCUCGUGUACCGGCGGGUGCCGUCGGCGGAGGAGGAGGGGGAGAACGCGCGGCGCGCGGCGGCGAUGGCGCUGACCAAGAAGCGGCUCGCCAUCACGCCCUCCGUCUUCGACAUCGCCCCGCUUUCCAAGAACCGUCCCGUGUCUCAAGUGGUUCGUCUCCCGCCCGACCGUCUUCCUGGGAAAGGGGACAUCGUCGCCAUCGACGCAGAGUUCGUGUCUCUCACGGUGGAAGAGUCGCGCCUCCGCGGGGACGGGUCGAAGGUCGUGACGAAGCAGGGUAGGCAGAGCCUCGCGAGGGUCUCCGCUCUGGACGGUAGGCAUUCCGGCUCGGAGGUCAACGCCAUCGUCAUGAUGGACGACUACGUGGUGCAGUCGGAGCCCGUGGUGGACCACCUCACACGCUUCAGCGGGAUCACGCCAGGGGACUUGGAUCCCGCCACUUCCAGACACAACCUCCACCACAUGCGCACGGUCUACCUGCGGCUACGAUGGCUGGCCGAUGCGGGAUGCAUCUUCCUGGGGCACGGCCUGGACAACGACUUCAGGAUGUGCAACCUCACGCUGCCACCAUCCCAGGUGAUCGACACGGUUCACCUGUGGUCUCUAGCCGGGCAGCGCAAGAUUUCGCUGCGGUUCUUGGCCCACUACCUCCUCAAGAUCAACAUCCAGGGAGAGACCCACGACUCCAUCGAGGACGCCCGCAUCGCUCUCGCUCUGUACAACAAGUAUCGAUCACACGUGGCCGCCGGUACCUUCUCGACUACCCUGGACGCCCUCUACAAGUACGGCUGGGAGGUUAGCUGGAAGCUUGACGGGGGAGUCUCCGCAUGA